AUGUAUUCUGUUUAUACCUGGGUUCUAUUCAUAGUCCAAUUCUCUAUGAUAGCAAGGACUGUAAGAACACAAGAAUGCUCUGAAGCAGAUCAAUGUCGCACUUUGAUGUUCAGGCCUGAAAAAGAGUUUGAUGGCAAACGCCUCGUGAACCACGUGAUUCGCAUCGUUGAAGUCACGGUGAGGGAGUUUUGUGAAACUAUGUGUUAUAUAGAACCCGACUGUGUGAGCAUUAACCUUCAUAAACGAGCGGGUGGACGUGGAGUGUACAGAUGUGAAUUGAAUAAUGUCACCCAUGAAGGACACGAAGACGAGUUAACGAAUAAUGCAAGUUAUUUUUAUCGUGCAGCUGAGAGUGCCUGUGCAAGAAACUCUUGCAAAUACAAAGCCGCUUGUCGAAGCGGUUAUAUCAACGUUGGAUGUUACUGCUUGUGUCCCGCUGGAUUUAGCGAUCGAACUUGUGAAAAAGGACCCGCGACUUGCAAGGAAGUUCAUGACAAGAAACAAAUACAAGAAAGUACUUUGGUUACGCUCCUUCUCGACUCUAAACCACUCUCUGUUCUUUGUCAAGUGGGUGAUUUUGGAUGUGGAGAUGGAGGGUGGACACCGGUAAUGAAGAUUGAUGGCAAUAAGAAAACCUUCCAUUAUAGCAGCUCUUACUGGACUGACAGAAACGAAUACAACUCUCCUGGAGGGGAGACUGGGUUUGACGAAAAUGAAAAGAAAUUACCCACCUACUGGAACACUUCGUUUUCUAGGAUCUGUCUUGGUAUGAAGAUCGAUCAACAGCUCAGGUUCAUUGUCGUCAACAAGCAGGCCGACUCUUUGUACUCACUAAUCGCUAAUGGGAAAUACCGCGAAACGUCACUGGGUCGCAACACUUGGAAGGAGAUGGUUGGUGCAAAUGCUUCUCUGCAGAAAAACUGCAACAAGGAAGGUUUCAAUGUUGUUUGUCAGGCCACAGACUCCCCUAAAGCCAGGAUUGGUAUUGUUAGCAACCAACAGAACGACUGCAACACAUGCAACUCAAGGAUGGGAUACAUUCUGGUACAGUAA